GCGUGGGGAAGGGUGGGGUGAGGGGGCGAGGCCGCGACGCGGGCGGCGAAACUCUCCUCCCCUCCUGCCCCACCGCGUGGGCCGGCGUGAACGUGGUGUCGGAGGGAUGUCCGCUUUCUCUGAGGCGGCGCUGGAGAAGAAGCUGUCGGAGUUGAGCAACUCGCAGCAGAGCGUGCAGACCCUAUCCCUGUGGCUCAUCCACCACCGAAAGCACUCGCGGCCCAUCGUCACCGUGUGGGAGCGGGAGCUGCGCAAAGCCAAACCAAACAGGAAGCUUACUUUUCUCUACCUAGCCAAUGAUGUCAUUCAGAACAGCAAAAGGAAGGGGCCGGAGUUCACAAAAGAUUUUGCACCAGUAAUAGUGGAGGCUUUUAAGCAUGUUUCAAGUGAAACUGAUGAAAGUUGUAAGAAGCAUCUUGGAAGAGUGUUAUCUAUUUGGGAAGAAAGGUCUGUUUAUGAAAACGAUGUAUUAGAACAACUUAAACAAGCUCUGUAUGGUGAUAAGAAGCCUAGAAAGCGAACUUAUGAACAGAUAAAGGUGGAUGAAAAUGAAAACUGUUCAUCUCUGGGGUCACCAAGUGAACCACCCCAGACUCUGGAUCUCGUUAGAGCAUUGCAAGAUCUGGAAAAUGCAGCUUCAGGUGAUGCAGCAGUUCAUCAGAGGAUAGCUUCUUUGCCUGUUGAAGUCCAAGAAGUAUCCCUGCUAGAUAAAAUAACAGAUAAAGAAUCUGGAGAAAGGCUUUCUAAAAUGGUAGAGGAUGCUUGUAUGUUGCUGGCAGAUUACAAUGGCAGAUUGGCGGCAGAAAUAGAUGAUAGGAAGCAACUCACUCGAAUGUUAGCAGAUUUUCUUCGCUGUCAAAAGGAAGCCCUUGCAGAGAAAGAGCAAAAAUUGGAAGAAUACAAGCGCAAGUUAGCCAGAGUAUCCCUGGUGCGCAAAGAACUCAGGUCCCGGAUCCAGAGCCUGCCAGACUUAUCUCGAUUGCCCAAUGUCACUGGCAGCCACAUGCACCUGCCCUUUGCUGGGGACAUCUACAGUGAAGAUUGAUGACCAGUCUCUUCAGGGCCCAGGACUUUGCAAGAGAUGGAGACAGGUUAGGUGGAUAGUCCUGUAGUGUUAUUUUUGUAUAUUGUUGAGAGAGUGACACUAACGAAACGACAAGUAAUUUAUAAAAUUGUUUAAAAUGUUGGUUUGUUUACUAUUUUAUUGGUAAGUUAAGAUGACUAGUUUAACAAAGUGAUGAUCUCUGUGUAUUAAUAAGCUUACAAAUAGUGAUUAUUUUCAAGAGAUCUUUUUGUAAAUUUUUUUGAUCCAGGGCCUUGUGAGAAAUUCCAUGUUUAUGUUUAUUCAUGUAUUUUCAUUUGUUUUCCUUUAUUUUCUUCAGUAUCUAAUCACUGUAUACUAUGUAAUUCCUAAAGGGGAAGAACUAAUCAGGAGUUGGUUGAGACUUGUUAUGACAUAGUUAGUAGAAAGGAUUACAUGUUCCAGCUUGAUCUUUACCCUUUUUCCCAACCUAAAUUUGGUUCUGUGCCUCUCCAUGAUUUUGAUUCCUUAUUCCCUGGAGGUCACUAAUUUAACACUAAAUAUGAGUUCCACUUUGAGGAUCAGGUAAAGCCUAGAGAACUCCCUGGUAGCACUGAAGGGUUCCACUCCAACUACCAGUGUGGAAUAAAGAGUGUUAUAUAGGGACCCCCUUGAUUAAACUGUUUAUAAUUCUCUGAGUAGAUUAAUAUGGAAAUGCUUUGGAAAUAGUAAAGGCUUUUGACAUUCUACCACUAGAACAACUUUAGUUCUAGAACUGAUUUCUGUUUGUUAAAUCAGUCUCCUUUUAACAUAAUUGAUCCCUUUAAUAAAAUAUCAUCUGUGGGACUUAAAGAAAUAAAAUAAUGAUACUUUUAUUAUUCCUUCAGCCAUACAACUUUAAAAACAGUAGUAUUUUUAGCUCUAAUAACUCAAGAACACAAUCGUCAUUAAUGUUCAGUAAAGUAGUUUGAAACAUUUUUAAUGUUUCCUUAAGGGUUUUGAAUGACUGUGUAUUUGGAAAUAAAGCAGUGCUACGCUACAGGGUAGAUGUGGUAAAUUUUAUAUUUGUAUAUUUGCAAUUGUAAACAAACGUACUUUUACCUUUGAUUUCUAGCGCUGUGUGUUAGAGCAGUUGCAUGCUCUCCUGCAUUCUUUUUUAAUCACAUUAAGCUAUGGAUUUGCACUCAAUAGUGACUUGGGAUAAACAUCUUUUUUUCAUUCAUUGCUUUACAUAGUAGACAUUUUUCUUCUCAUUGUAAGCAGGUUCAAAUUAGAUAGUCAAUAAAACAUCUCAAAUCCCACAAGCCAGUUACGUCUCACUAGUCUAAAUGGCUUCACUCUGUGUCUUUCUCAGCACUAGAGACUAGAGUUAACAUGAAUUUACAUGUAAGGUAGAUGGCAAAUGUUGAUUUUAAAUAGCAGUAGUUCUGAACGCAAUGCUUCUAACAAUUUGACCUCUCUAAAACAGAUGGAUGUAAGCAGUCCUCAUCCAUACAUGGCUUGUAUUCCAAAGUUUUUUAGUCAACUUUUGGGACUUGGGUGAAUUUUCUUCUAGAAAUACAUAGGGGUUAGGUUCCCCAUAAACACAACCACUGCAAGCUCAACUGGGAACUGGGAACCUAAGCCAUUGAACCAUAAAUGUAUUUAACUUGAAAUAUGGUUGAUAAAUUACUAGUAGUAGCUCUUGACCAGCAUUUGUAUCAUCACUCGAAUGGAAUCGUGUGUAGCAGCCAGGCUCAAACACUGGGGUGUCUGCCUGUGCUGUGUUCCUCUGUCCCUAUGUGCAGGAAAUGGAAGAUGAUAUGCAGCAAAGGGGGAGGGAACAUGCACAAUUCUAAAACCUAGUUGUACCUGUAACAAAAGUAUACCAAGCAAGUUAGUUUUUGUUGUUGUUAUUGUGAAAGCAAAAACUUGUAUGUUAAGUUAUUUUUAAUAUCUUGACCUUAUUUAUGAUCUGAAGUGGUGAUUUAUCCAUUCAAGAAAUAUAUUUUUUUCCAUUUAAAACUAAUUUAUAAACUAUAUACUCCUGGGAAGAUUUGAAAUCUUUUAGAAGUUUGUUGAAAUAUUUUCACCAUUUAGGACAGACUUCUGACUUAGGUACUGAUUUUAAUGCCAGUAUCUGCUCUAAAUAUUUAUGAUAAAAAUGCAUUAUUUUUUUAAAGAGCUUGAUGAGAUUUGUGAUAAGUGAUAGUGCUCAAGAACCUAAAUCCCACCCCUUGACCUAGCCUCCACAACCUCAGCUGGUUAACUCAUUGCUGAAUGCAGUCUAGGCUGCUUUAGAAGUCUUGUCUUCAGCCUUACGGUAGUUAACAUGGUAAGCCUUAGCAGUAAGUAGUCUUCCACUCUAGAAAAGAAGACUACAUUUUCUUGAGAAAUGGGUUAGGUGGGGGUACUGUAAUACCAAGUUCUGAAUCAUGAGCAUUUUCUCCACUGUGUGUGUAUCUGAGGCAAAUCAUGCGUCUGAGUGCCGUUUGGCCUGGCCCCUCAAGAGAAGAACAGUCGCCACACCUGCAGUAGGGGUGCUGUGGUAUGAGUGGACACCAUGCUCUCUUCUCCACAAACAGUACUGAGAGCUGUCCGGAGUGGCAAUCUGAACAGAUUCUCUGGCGCUCCUUCUGCUCCUUCCGUCACUACAGUAAGUAAAAGAACCUUCGGGGGAACUGGGAGUCUCAGCAAGUCAGUUCUUAGGGCGGAACCGCCCCCCGUCCCGAGGAAACCAUUCCAGAUGCAGCUCUGUUGGCACCUCUUCUCACAUGCACUCUCAAUCAGGGUUUUUCUAUAAGAACUCCUUCAGAAUCAGCUAAAGCUGGGAGAAUCCAGUUCAUCUUGAUUUGCAAAAUUAAAAGAACAAAGCAAAACUAGGUAGUCAGUUGUCACUGGUUGAACAACUCAUAGUUAUUGAACUGGUUCUGAUCAAUCUUUACAGAGAAAAAACUCAAAAGUACAAAUUACUAAUUGGGAAAGUUACAAGGCCCUUUCUGAAUUUUCCUUUCUGCAAAUUGACAUUCUAUGAAUCACAUAAAGCUACCAAACUGCUGUGUGUUCUCUUAGGAAAUAGCCCCUGAAGAUGUAGUAUUGUGUCAUAGUUGUCGCAAUAUGUCAGAGCAUUUAAAGUGGAAGCCCAGUUCUUCUCUGUCUAGAAAGGGAACAUUGUGUUACUUAAUGAAUUUAUUUACACGGAGCCUCUGUUGCCAACUGUAAGUGCAGCCAUCCAUCCCUGGGUCUGUUCUGAGGUGGCAGUAGCACAUGGGAAGAUGGACUUGCCCUGUUUGUUUACCCCUUUUUCUCUGGCUGUAUCUGAUGACAGUACAAG